AUGUCGGGCAGUAAGGCGCUGGGCGGGGGGGCUGGCGGGGGGGCGCGGCGCAGACGGACGCGGUGCCGGCGCUGCCAGGCCUGCAUGAGAACCGAGUGUGGAGAGUGUCACUUCUGUAAGGACAUGAAGAAGUUCGGAGGGCCCGGCCGGAUGAAGCAGUCCUGCCUCCUGAGACAGUGCACGGCGCCGGUGCUGCCUCACACGGCGGUGUGUUUUGCAUGUGGCGAGGCGGGGAAGGAGGACACCGUGGACUCACUGGAGGAGAAGUUCAGCCUCUCCCUGAUGGAGUGCACCAUCUGUAACGAGAUCAUCCACCCGAGCUGCCUGAAGAUGGGAAAAGCAGAAGGAAUCAUCAAUGACGAGAUCCCAAACUGCUGGGAGUGUCCAAAGUGCCAUAAAGAGGGCAAAACCAGUAAGGACCAGGCGGACGGCUCAGGGAAGCGCAAACUGGAUAAUGGAGAGGUGGGCCGCUGGAAACUCACAGAUGACCCUCCACCUAAAAAGAAAGCCCCUCCCUCCCUGGACGAGGGGGGGAGGAUGGAUGGGGGGCACAAGAGGAAGAAGGAGAAGGAGCUGCCUCCGGACAGCGGGCCCAAGAAGAAGAUGAAGGGCGCCCACGAAAAACGUCUCAAGAAGAAACCCAAACAGGAGGCGGUGGAGUCCAACGGCCCAUCCUCCUCAGCAGGUGGAGGGGCGGGGGGACUACAGGGCUCCUCGAACACAUCUUCUCAGCCAGGUGGAGGAGGGGGCGGCGGAGGAGGCAGCGGUGCAGGUGGGACAUCAAGUGCGGACCAGCGCUCCCACCACAGAGAGAAACUAGAGCGCUUCAAGAGGAUGUGCAUGCUGGAGCGUCGGCCCGAGUCGUCCUCCUCCUCCUCUUCCAGCUCAGAGUCAGAUUCUGAGUCUGAUUCUGACGACUCCCUGAGGGGAGAGCAGGCAGGAGGGGGCUCUUCACCCUCAUCCUCCUCACCAGCCCCGCCUCCCCCCGUCGUCUACGGUAACAGCAGCGGAAGUCGGGCGGAGAGGGAGAGGAGUCGCAGCGAGAGGGAGCGAGAGAGGGAGAGGGAGAGGGACCGUCGUCUGGCCCAGCUUGGCUUCAGUGCCAGCGAGGAGUCUGAGGGGGAGGGAGGGAGGGGGGAGGAGGAAGUGAAGGAGGAGGAUGUGGGCGGGGAGAAGGCUCGGAGGAGAGGCGGAGGAGGGGAGGUUGGGCUGCCUCCUCGUGGACGGAAAGGAAUGCUGGACAUGGAUGAGGAGGAUACGCCCACCUCUGAACGGACCAGGAAAAACUCUGCCUCUCUUCCCCCGCCCUCACCCUUGUCCUCCAAUCAGAUGCCUCCGUCCUCUCAGCACGACGGCUUCACAACGAAGCAGCGCAGCAACGGGCAGGAGGCUCGCAACGGACGGACACGAGGGGGGACGGGAGGGGGGAGGGAGGGAGGGGAAAAGGAGAACGCCAGCGGCGUUCUGACCAAUCACAGACACAGUGGGGGAGGAGGGGGUGGGACAAAAGGCAGCGGAAGCCGCGGAAACAAGAUUCGUAGCAACAGUAAGAAUCAGACGUCCAGAAACAGCAUCAGCUCCUCCUCCUCCAUCCCCACCUCUAAUGGUGGGAGCGGAGGUCCAGGGGGAGGCGGCCUAAUGAUGUCAGCAAUGGCGGCGUCUCCCUGCUCACAGCCGUCUCGCCUCGCCCCUCGCUCUCAGAUGAUGAAGCGCAGUCCGCCUGCUGUUCCCUCACCACCACGCCCUGUUCAGAUGGAGAGACACCUUGUACGCCCUCCUCCUGCUUGUCCUGAGCCAAGCUGCCUGCCGCUGGAUUCUGGCUCCUCCCACAUCAUGACCCGGGACGUGUGGCUCAGAGUUUUCACACACCUGAGCCAGAGAGAGCUGUGUGUCUGCAUGAGGGUAUGCCGCACCUGGAGCCGCUGGUGCUGUGACAAACGUCUGUGGACCCAGAUCGACCUGAGCCGGCAGCGCUCCAUCACCCCUCCUAUGCUGAGUGGAAUCAUCCGCCGACAACCUGUCUCCCUCAACCUGGGUUAUACCAACAUCUCCAAGAAACAGUUAAUGUGGCUCAUCAACCGCUUACAAGGUCUCGUGGAGUUGAACGUGGCCGGCUGUCCGUGGCUGGCAGUCUCUGCUCUGUGUCAGGCCGUCUGUCCCUGUCUGAAGAUGCUGGACCUUAGCAGAGUGGAGGACCUCAAAGACUCUCACUUGAGGGAGCUGCUGGCUCCUCCACCUGACACCAGGACAGCUCACGGGGAAACCAGAGUGGGGCGUUUCCAGAACAUGACGGAGCUACGAUUGGCCGGUUUGGACCUGACGGACGCGUCGUCUCGCCUGCUGGUGCGUUACGUUCCACACCUGACCAGGUUAGACCUGAGUCACUGUGCGAAUGUCACCGACCAGACAGUGCACACCCUCACCUCCCCCCUCUCUCCCCUGAGAGAGAGCCUCACCUACAUCAACCUGGCAGGUUGUGCAAAGGUAACGGAGCAGUGUGUCCCGUUGCUGCGUCGCUGCACCUCCCUGCAGACGGUGGACCUGCGCUCCUGCUCCCUCCUCUCCUCCGAGACGGGACAGCUGCUCUCUUUCCCAUCCCACACCUCCUCUUCUUCCUCCUCCUCCACCUCCUCCUCCACCUCCUCUGCCACCACGACAGUCGCUGCUUCGUCCUGCUCUACGGCCGCUGCCGCUGCCUCCUCUUCCUCCUGUCCUCCUGAAGACAGAACGCUGCUAAAGAACAGCUAGAGUCACGUCACGAGACUCUGAUGUCCAGUCGGCCCACGAGCCCCGCCUCGUUCCUCAUUACACUACAGACCAGUGAGGAAAAAGAAGAAGGGGAGGAGGAGGAGGGGGGACCUGUGCACAUUUCUCCUGAUGUUGGGAAAUGUUAUCGGCGCAUAGAAGAGGAGGAGGAGAGAGUAUUUUGGGAGAGCUGUCGGUGAUAGUUUAAAAAAUAGAAACCCUGAGCAUGUACAUAUUUGUUCUCUGUACAAUUUUGGGUGUGUGUAUAUACCUGUAGUUUACUGUAAAGGACCCUUAACCUUCAAAACAUCACCUCCCCCAAACACUCCUUCCCUUCCCUCCUUUCCUACUAUCCACCCUCCCUUCCUUCUGUCCAUCCUUCCGUCCUGCGACCAAUCAUCAUGCCAGGCAUCCACCUGCUCGCCUGUAGCUGCAGAACAGGGGAACGAUGGAAAUCAGUACUUGAUGUCGUCCAGGUAUAGUUGCUGUUGUUUGAAAGUUGACGUUACCCCUCAGACCCUGCCUCCCUGCCCCACUGAACAGGAAGUGAGAGACAUAGGUUGUCGUCAGGAGUGAUGUGUCAUCUUUACAAACAGUCUGACAUUAUUUUUUUAUCAGAACCAGAGAGUGUAAGGCUAACAUUUUCCAUCUACUUCCAGUCUUUGUGCUAAGCUAGGCUAAACGUGUUUCUCUAAAGUUGCAGAAACUUGAAAGAAGUCUGGCAGUAUUGAAAGACCUCUGAUGUUUCCAUCAUGGAGACAUAUGUGUGUCUUUGGAAUAGGAUUAUUCUUGCUUCAAGCUUGACAAAUUGGUCGAAACGCAGUAUAAACUAAAAUUUUAACUGAGUUUUAAACUUGUCAAAGAUGGAGGAAGGAUGAAGAAAAUACACAGUUGAAGAUUGAAAAUAUUUUGGUUCAUCUUUGGAUAUUUCCACUGAAACACAUCACAAUUAAAAACAUUUGGCUCUUCUGCCUGAUCACUGACUUAAAGCAGGCAUUAGUGAACCAGUGAUUAAUCGUUGCAGCUCAAACAGUGUUAAAGAACAUAUAUAUCAAAGCUUACAGCUCUAACGUUUUGCAAGAAGGUCAGCCUUUUCGGCCAAAGUUUACUCAAGUUUUUCUCCUUUUAAGAAUCAUGUUUGUCCUCAAGUCUGCUAUCAGAGCUAGCUUAAUGAAUGUAUAAACAGCAGCAGAAACAAUGUGUUAGAAGCUGAGCCCAAUCAGAGACUGCUCUGCAGUGUUAGUGUUAGUAUUGAUUGUAUUAAACCAAUGUUAAGCUAGCUGUUUGCAGUCAGUGUAAACCUGUCGGGGAAGGUUGAUGAAUGCAACAACAAUAAUGAUGAUGAACACUAGUAUUGAAACAACCCCAACUGUGAGGACAUUUAGAGUCUUAAAUUUUGUUCAGACCUAAAUUGAAGUUGACUCUUAGUGCUGCUGAUUGCUAUCAGGGAUGCACUGAUGCAGCAUUUUAAUGUCAGCUAGACAGUGACAAAGCAAUGUGGCAUGAACUGAUUCAGAGACAAAUUCUUUGUUUCAAUGGUCAACCAUCAGAGAAAAUGCUGGAUUUCGUGGAGCUUUAUAACCGUUCCAGUCUGGGUGCAUGGCAGCUGCGUCAGAGCUGCGUCACGGCUUGCUUUCAUUUCAGCUUGCAUGUUUACUAGUCAGGCCUUUCAGACAGCCUCUGCCACAUCUCAGCCGCUUUAAACGCACAUCUCAAUCUAGAGCCUAUGCUCUCAACUGGUGGGUCAGGACCCAAAAGAAGGCAAUUUUCAGAACUUGUAGAUGUGUGCCAAGUAGGGUUGGAAUCUGACUCCUUUGUCUACCUGCCACGCUGUUUGGUGGGUUCAAAAAUAUACAGCAACAUGUUUUACCAGCCACUCGAUUUUAACAAGCAGCAUUAUUAUUAUAUGUCUCAGAGGGGGGGGCCUGUCUGCUCUGAGGUUAUCAAAAUUAGAUGUGCAUAAAUAAAAAAAAAAAAAACAAUAACAUGAUAAGCAACAUAAUGUAUUAGGGCAAACUUAAAAGAUUAAAAAAAAGAGAGAGUCUGUUAAUUUUUAAGAAAAAAUGUUAAUAUUUACAAGAAGAAAACCUCAGUAUUUUAGAGUUGAAAAAGUUGGAAAUUUACAAGAAAAACUUGCAGUUUCUGAGUUUAGAAGUCUUAACUUUUGACAGUAGAAACUCAAAUAUUUCAAGUUUUAAAAAUCUCACAUUAUCAACAGCAUUUAGACAAAAAUCUAGAAGGAACCAAACUGAAAAUAGCGGUUGGAUUUUUUAAAUUUUCAGCUUUAUAACCUCAAAAAUACCAAGUAUUGGUUCGCUUACAUUUACAACUUUUACAUUUUAAAAAUCCCAUUACUUUCUCGUAAAUCAACAACUUUUUAAACUUGAGAAUUUCAAGGUUUUUCUUAAAAAUGAACAAAUCCUCUUUAUUAUCAUUAUUUUCAAGAGUUGCCCCAAUAUACCGUUAUAAUAAUGAAUGUUUUAAACAUAGAUCUUUUUUCAAGAACAAGUGUACGUAGACCUAUCAUGUUAAGAUUUUGUCAGUAAAAACAAUUAAUUGUUUUUACUUUUCCAAGUGAGUCCUGGGGAGGCUUAGCUUUUCUUAGAUACAAGUGGGGGGGAGGAAAAAGGGUGGGAAACACUGAUCUGGAGAAUAGAGGGCUCACCUUAUUUUUCCACAGCGCACAUUUUUAGGCAAAAACAGACAGGAAAAAUAGAAAAAUAUUCACUUUGUUGUAGCGGAUAUGUAUGUCAUGAUCUGUAGAAUAUUUUUCAUUUUUUUCCCUAAGUUGUCUUUCAGAUUAAAGGCCUGGUUUAGCAUUUCUGUGGCGAAACCACACUAUUUAUAAAGAGUGCUCUUAUUGUGAAUUUUUCCCAGCUCUGUUACAAAUCAACUUGUUGAGAGAUCUAUUAAGGUAAAACUUGUGGAAAAAGACAGGGCUAUGACAGUAGGAAGACACAGCAAGUGUUGACACGUGCAGCAACUGCCACACAGCAAACACGCACCCAGUCUGAAACAGAGUUUACACCCUAAAAAGGAACAAAAACAGGAAAUAGCAAUCAGCUAGAAUGUUAAAUGAUUAAGGAUAGUAUCAGCAUCAGCCCUGAUUUCAGCCAUCGGUGCAUCUCUACCUGGUCAAAGACGAUAUCAAUUCAAAAAUGUGAAAAUUUACCUCACUAUCCUGAUUGUGCAUCAAGAACCAAACUCCAUGCAUGAGCAUGUCAGAGUUUGUGCUCGUCUUGCAGCCAGAUGACUUGAAAUCAUGCAUUUUAAAAUCUGCAUCCUGAUGGAGUUUUUCUAGCAUCUUUUUUACUUGUUAUAUGUCAUCAAAUCACAGUAAAAUCUGGUUAUUUAGGGGUUGAUAUUGCUCUAGUAAGGCAGAGUUUAGCCAAAGUGACAUCCUAGACAAAAUCAAACUGCCACACCGUAAAGACAGACUAGCAGCUGCUACACAGCUAAGACAAAACUCCCAAAAGCAGGUGUCCAACAAAAAAAUCUUGAUACUUAUCCUGAUAACAAGUCCUCAAAGUUAGCACUGGUUAGCCUUUAGUAGCUGGAAGUAGAAGGAAAGCUCAUCCAGUCAUAGCUUCAGGUGAAAGAGGGGAAGCUAAAGCUAAGCUAGUUUAAAAUGGUGGUGUUUGAUUUUGUGACGACUCUGGAGGUGAGAGUAUUCUUGUGCUAGAUGCAAGGCUUUACCUUGGUCUGAUCACAACUUCGAUCAGACAUCAUUGGAAGACUAAUAUGGUGAUGAGACGAUGCUUACUGUUUACCCUGCUUCCAGUCCUCUCUGUAAAAUGUCAGACUGCUGGUUUUACCACACUCCAACCACUCAUUGCUCGUUCAGGUCAAUGUGACAGUAUUUCCUGAAGACGUCACUCGUCUUCAUCAUAGCUGCAGGUGAAGGCUGUUCAGGUGUGGGUUUGGUUAAAGGUGUUUUCCUUCCUGUCUCCAGUGUGUGCGUGCGUGCGUGUGAUCUGACCGACAGCGCCGGGUGUGUUUGAAACUGAGCCUCAGUGUCUUCAACAUUCGCCUCAAUCAUUCAUCUUCCCUUUUGUGUUUUUUCUACCUGCUGCAUUUUCCUUCAUGUGUUCGUCGCCUCUGGGAAGUGAUUGUCUCUUUGUUUUCUCAGGAUUUUUUUUUCUUUGAAUCAGGAUUUUAUUUAUUUGAGAUCCACAGCAGCACUCCCAUCAGCCUAAACAGACAUUCCUGCAAAAGAGAAAAGCUUGUUUUUUGUACUCGACACUCCUUUUUGUAUGCAACAAUCCACUUUUGAGUUUUGUUUUCUACAUGAUGAACAUUUCUUCCUGUGUUUGCUGCAUUAUCAAAAAACAUUACAGAGUUUUUAUAAUUUUCUACGGAAGCCCAAUCCUGCCAAGGACAUGAAAGUGUCGAUUAUGGGAUGCUAAAUCAAGCUUAUAAGUGCUGACAAACUUACUUGUUAUCUUGGUUAGUCUUAUCUUGGUUUUUGUUUAUAAUCUUGAAGUUUCUUUGGUUGAUCUCGUAAUCUUAAUUCUGUUUCACAGCAUUGUGUGCUGAAUUCUCAUACUUUAGGAAUUCUAAUCUGUGCACCAACAUUUAUGUUUCAAGUUUAAACAUCUUGAUGACUAUCCUGUGCUCUUUUGGUGCUUUUCCAUCAUGUGGUAUCGGUUUGGCUCAUCUCAGUUCUUGUUUAAUUUUCCAUUUGGGAUCAUACCUGGAACUUCUUUUGGUAUCACCUCUGGUGAGGUUUCACAUGAGCUUAGCUGAUAUUAAAUUGUGCCAAGUCAGAGAGUAACAUCUGACAUGGGAAUCAAAUCCCUCUCAUCAUCAGCCUCGCGCUAUUGAAAGAUUCCCCAAACCAGCGAUGUUCCUGGUAAAUGAUUUCCCAUCUAAUUAAACACAAAUCAUAAUUACAUUAAGCCAAAUAGCCUUAAGUCAAGAAAACACCCAGUAAACGGUCAAGAGUGAGCACUGUUUAUUUAAGAAGAACCACGUCAACAGAUUUACAGUGUUAGUUUGCAGACUGCAGCCAAUGUCAGCAGUGCUAGCACUGCUGGUUUGAUACUCUCUGCAGGUUAGCAUCCACAUUUCUGUGCUGUCAGUCGUCACCUAAUGCUUCAGUUAUAUGUGAGUAUGACCUGACACAGCCUGGUCUAGCCUGGAGGAAAAUUAUAUCUGUUUUUUUUUUUUAAACCAGGCUGCAAGAACAAGCAAUGUAGUCACUUUUGAGCCAACAUUAGCCUGCAAGCUAGUAAAUAUAUAGCCUUGGUGGUUCAAAAUCAAAGUUUAAUUUUCUUCAAACUGUAUUGUUUAGUUGCUUUCUUCGAAAGACAUGGAGGUUGGCCAAUUUGAAUUUUGAUACCAAAACUUAAAAAAACCUAAGGUAUGUCCCGUUAUUUUUCCUUUUAAAUCCAUAACAAGUUCCUUUUUCAGUGGUUAAGUUCAUGUUAACAUCUACCUAUAAAAGCAGGUUUGGAUCCAAAAAGGAAGUCAAUUUUGGCCUGUGUCCAUAACCUGCUUUUUUUUGUGCUUGUACCAUUUAAUUUAAUUCUAAACCACAUUAGCAGUGCUAACACUGCUGGUUUCAUCCUCUUUGCAGGUUAGCAUCCACAUUUCUGUGCUCAAUGUCAUCACGCUUUGCUUCAGGUAUAUGAGAGUAUAACCUAACAGCCUAUACACAACUUUAUCCUCACUUUUACAUAAAAACAAAAAUGGAGCCAAAUAAGGCUGUUCCGAAGAGAGGCUGUCAGUGCUGUCAGCUCACCCUUGUUUACCUUGGGCUAAGAAGCAUUAUGACAGCUUUUCUGUAGCCAUUAAGCACAGCUACAGUGGCAACUAGUCCUGGAUGGUUGGGUUAUGGUCUAUAAGGAGCGUUUGACAGGGACUGUGGGCCUUAACUAAUUAAAAAGUACAUUGCUAUUUAAUCUAACCAGCUCAUAAUUCUAGUGCCAGUGGGGAUUGGACUCUAACUUGGCUAGCUAUGUCCUCUAUUGUUAUAUUGGACGUCCUGGCAGUUUCACAUAGCAAUGACGACCCUGCCAACAUUGAGGAGAAGCUUUCAGUUUAUAUAUAGUACAAAAAGAAGCCAAAACAUACCAAAAUCAAGAUGAGUUGAAUCCAGCCGAUACCACGAGUCUGCUACAUUGUUAACUUUAUUUGUCGUCUCAGAAUCUCCUUGGUGUUAUCCCAUCAUCAUCUUAGUAUCUUAAUUUCAUCUUGAUUUAUCAUCCUAUAAUCUUGAUUUAUUUCUACUUCUUAAAUUAAUUCCUUAUAUCUUGAUUUACUAUCUUGCAUCUGCCUCCAAAAGGUCAAACUUUUAAUCUACGAUGCCAUAUUGACUUUCUUCAUAUCUUGUUUAAAUCCAAAUGUGCAUUCUGUUUGACUAUCUUGGUUCAUAUCAGACUCUUUUACUCAAGAUCUUGUCUUUCUUUACCACCCUGUAAUAUCAUUGUACCAUAUCAUUCUUAAUGUCAAGGUUUUAAACACCCUUGAAAUUUUGAUCUGGCAUAAUCUAACGAUCUUGCUCCCCUUAAAUCUUGUUUACACAUAAAAACUUGAUUCAUCUACUUGUAAUCUUAAUUUAUCUCAGGAUUCUGAACUUUUGUGCCAUUAUCUCUACAUAUUAGCCAUAUCUCAUCAUUCUAACUACACAAUCCUCAACUUUAUAAUCUUGUUUUUUUUUACUCUUAAUCCUAGUCAGGAAAGACAAGAUCUUGCCUAUCUGUUAACAAAAUGACAGCUGCUUAACUCGCAGUUUAACUAUCUUGCAAUUUUUAGUUUACACAAGCACAUAAUUUCUUUUCUGGCUUGGUCGGGCUUCCGUAGUUCUCUCAGGGCCUCACUUAUGAAAAAUCAAUCAAGUUCUGAAUUUCAUGUCAGUAUCAUUCUUUUAACGUUUUGGCUUCUGACAAGUCAAAAAAAAUCAAUGCAAGCUGCUGAAUUUUGUCGGUAAAGACGGACUUCGUUUAGCCAGAUGUUUCAUAAAUGACGCCCAGGUGUUCAUAUCAGCACACGCCGCUGUGACUGUCUGCUGUUUGUUUUUCUAUUUGUGUGAACUGACUGUCUCACGGUGCGAGGC